AAAUUUGGGUUGCCCACUGCUGAUGCUCUAAAACUGUUCUUUACCCGCGUACUAGAUUUUAUUUCGGAUCUGGUUCUAAUCCGUAGAGUCUGAUCAAAAACGGAGUGGGAGAUUUUGGGUUUAAAGGUCGGGUGAAACCAGAAAUGGAGAAGAAGAAGAGCAGAGUACUGAUAAUCGGAGCAACAGGAAAUCUGGGUCACCAUUUAGCCAAUGCCAGCCUCCAUUUCUCUCACCCCACUUUCGCUCUCGUCCGACCCGACACCUUCUCCGACCCCCGCAAGUCCCAAAACCUUCGAGCCCUCUCCGAUGCCGGCGUCACACUCCUCCAAGGUUCGCUGGAAGAUGAAGAGAGCCUUGUUGAAGCAGUGAAGCAAGUUGAUGUUGUUGUUUGUGCUGUUCAGGCCAAACAGGUGCUCCAUCAGAAGCUUCUUAUCCAAGUUAUCAAAAAUGCUGGCUCCAUCAAGAGAUUCGUUCCAUCAGAAUUUGGGUUGGACCCAGAUAAGACGCAGAUUUCAGGGAUGGACUACAACUUCUAUUCAAACAAAGCUGAGAUUAGGCGUCUUGUGGAAGCUCAAGGCAUUCCCUACACUUUUGUUUCCUGCAAUUUCUAUACGAGCUAUUUGCUUCCUUCACUUGUGCAGCCGGGCCUCAAUGUGCCUCCAAGGGGCAAAGUCACGAUUUUCGGGGACGGAAAUACUAAAGGCGUUUUUGUCAAGGAAAUUGAUGUAGCUGCCUUCACUAUCAGGACAUUGGACGAUCCACGAACCUUGAACAAAGUGUUGUAUUUUAGGCCACCCGGAAAUGUGUACUCGCUGAAUGAACUUGUUGAGCUUUGGGAGAGUAAGAUUGGGAAGAAGCUUGAGAAGGUGUUUGUAUCAGAAGAAGAGCUUCUUAAGAAGAUUAAAGAGACUUCAUAUCCUGACAACAUGGCCCUGAUUUUCAUAUAUUCUGCUUUCAUAAAGGGCGAUCAAACUUACUUUGAUAUCGAGUCAGCUGAUAGCGCCGAUGCGACAAAACUGUAUCCAGAGCUAAAUUAUACUACAAUCAGUCAAUAUUUAGACACUCUAUUGUGAGUGUCUUUCACACAUUAUAAAAAAUGCAACCCUUGAGUGACCCUAGUCUUACAUAGUAAUUUAGGCCUCCUAAGAUUUUCACUGUUUGAUGAAGUAUAGAAACAAGUUCAGUUUACGGGUGUGUACAUGGAGUGUUCGACCUAAGCAAGCUGUUCAGUCUAUUGAGCCUCUAUUUGGGUAGUACCAUCUAUUCUCAAGGCCUUCUAGUGUGGAACUGCCUUUCGCCUUACGCUUUUGAAUGUUUAACAGAUGGUGCUUCGCAUCACAAUGCGAUAUUUCAAUUACUUGUGCAAGUAGUAAUAGGGUUUGUAUUAGAGAUAUUCUCGGGAUUCUUUGCAAUGUUACCUCUUGGUGACUGUGCAAUAGGGUUUGUAUUAGGACAUGCUCUUGUCGAAGGUGGGAGUUGUCUGGAAUUCCUUGCAAACAUGCAAUCUCAGCUAUUUUCCAGAAGAGAGAGGACCCGGAUGAUUACGUUGUUGAAUGCUACCUCAAGAAGACCUGUGGCAAUAUACAGUAACCUCAUAAUGCAUGUUAAUGGCAUGGAUCUUUGGUCAAGAGGUGAAGGACUAGCAAUGUUACCUCCCCAAUAUACAAGACAGCCCGGCCAGUCAAAAACAAAAAGGAUUAAGGACUCUUCAGAGAUGGCUCAAGGCUCUGGUACUAAACUAGGAAGAGUACAUAAAUCACUAAAGUGUGGCAAUUGUGGGGGACUAGGUCACAAUAUAAAAACAUGCCAUAGGCAUCUGCCACCAAAAGAGAUGAAGAGUGCUACCCUUAAUAAAAGGGUGAAGUUAAACAAUGGGGAUGGUUCUUAAACUCAAGUAAUCGUAUACCUUAAAUGUUGUUUUCCAGAGGUUUAAGUGUGAGAUUAUGCAAAUUGAUGUUGUUACUUUCAGUAGACCAAGAAGGGGGGAAAAACAACCUUGACAAAGAAUGAAUUGAGGAAGAAAGCUAAAGAAAUAGCCCAGUAUCAAAGGAAUAUGGCUUCCUUGAAGGCCUCAAGGGCAGCAGCAACCAAAUCUGCCCCAUCAAGCUCAAGGACUGUACCACCACCACUUGCCCCAGCAAGAUCAAGGCCUGCACCACCACCACCAUCUGCCACAGCAAGAUCAAGGCCUGCACCACCACCACCAUCUGCCACAGCAAGAUCAAGGCCAGCAACAUCAGGAACUGCCAGUUCAAGGCAUGUACGCACUUCUCAAGCAUCCAGUAACAAGGCUGCAAACCCAACUAGAGCCUCUCAAAGAAUUAGACAAAACUCAGGUAAAGGAGGUGGGAAAUAGUUGAACUUCAAUUUCACAUUAGCAAACCCUGCUCGGAUUUUGUACCCCCUUUUUGUGCAAUUUGUUGGUAUUUGCAAACUCUACAUCACUUUAUUAAAGGCUCUAAUUUUUUACUUUUGUCAGGUUAGAGUUGCACUGUAAUAUUGUGUUCAUGGGUUUGCUACUAGAGGAAAUUAGACG